AAAUACUUUCAGAAUUUUGCUGCACGGUCAUACUGUAAUAUACAGCCUGGUUUAUUUCGUAGUAUUAGAAUGCGCCUACAUUUUUAAGUUGAUAUUGUUUACGAUCGACAACAAAUAAGCCUACUUUUAUAAAGCAAGUGAGCAACAUGUAUCCAGUGUCCUUUGCGGCAUUUCAAAAGUUAGUCGUUAAUUUGUCUGAUAUUGCAAGUGAGUUGAGAAUUGCAAAUGGAAACAAUAAAACGGUGGCCGAGUGGAGCAGAUGGUACUACCAAGAGUUCUACCGGAAUCCCAGCAUACGGGCACGGUUCCCAUACAAGGUGGCGCCGUGUCCCAGGCGGACACGCAACAACUUGCUUAAAGUACCGGAGCCAGGAGCAAUGCCACAAAACGAGAUAACAGACGUAGUAACUGCAGGACCAUCUCAAGUGGAGCAACCCGCAACCGACGUCCUAGUUCAAGGCAGCCAGUCUGAAACCGCGAAACCCAACGAUGCAGUUCAAGGCGUCACAGUUGAAUGUGAACCAUCAGGAUCGGAAUCUCUCGACGUUAUUGUUGAUGUGGAUAGAUGUGGCACUUUUCUUUUUCCUGUAUCCUUUCAAGCAUUCGAAAAGUGCAUCAACAAAAUGUUACUAUUCAAAAUAAUUGUCAGGAGCAUAGAACACUGCCUGGUCCUUCUGUCCGAUGAUGAGUGUCGUCGUCGUACACUGCAGAAGUUCUACAACCGCUUUUACAUGUAUCCAGAAAAGCGAUCUUCAACGAACAUCUUCAAUAAAUCGACUGAAAUUCCUUUGAAUAAGUUGCUCGAACCUGGCAAACCGCUGGACAAAAAAGCGAUCAAGACUAUGGCUGAGCUCGCUGCAAUGAAAACCCUUAAGAACAAUUCCAUCGUCAGCCUCGAGCUGUUUAAGAGGAAUAUGGCAAACUUAUCGGACAUUGUGGAGCAAAUGCAGCUGCUUGACGAUAAUUAUGCGAGCAAGGACGUCCAUGAGUGUGCCCUAGACUAUUACCUGGCGUUUUACAUCACUCCGAGGAUACGAUAUAAAUACGUAUACAAACUUAAACCUUGUACGUCUGCUAUGAAGGAAUGCAUGCUGUCCAUUCUCGGCAAAGAUGUGGCGGAGAAGCUUAGGCAAAGCUUGCCCCAGUUAGCUAAUCCCUCGCCAGGACUUGACUCGCGCAGGUCAAAGACUUUAUGUAUUAGUGAAAGACAAGGUUCAUUAAGUUCUCAGAAUACCAAUGAGUCUUCACAAAUCCAAACUAAUCUCAGCACGGAGUUUGCCCAAGAACCAAGUGGCGGUCUGUCCCACUUGUCUGCUCCUACCCCCGAUCACGAGCUGCGUGUCUCCAAAUCUCCCGAGAAGAGUGCUGCAGAAGCUAGUAGCACGAAUAAAGGCCAAUUGUGGCCACAUAAUACCUUAGAAAUUUCCCAAAACCAAUCUAAACUCAGGAACGAUGACAACAAUGUAAGCAGCGAAAGAAGUCCGCCCGCAUUAGCUACUGCAUCGCCAGAAAGCGAUCUGCACAGGUCCAAAGCUGCCGAUAAGUCAGCUAAAGUUCCAAGUCCCCAAGUCCAACCCCACCAGAGCAAGAGUGUUGCCGAAGAACAAUCGCACAGCGCGCCCCAGUUAGAUACUGUAGCACUAGGAUCUGAACUGGUCAUGUCCAAGACACCCGAGAGGAAUGCUUCGAAAACCAAAGCUUCUGACGAGACCCUAACAAGUCCUGAAGAGAGCAAGGAUACUUCCGAAGUACCAGAGGCCUCCUUUGUGACGGAUGUUGAAGUGGACCUUAAAAAACAUGGGCGCUUUAUUUUUCCCGUUUCUCUUGAAACGUUUCGGCAUUAUAUUAACUAUGACGAGAUUAUCCGAUCAAUUCUUGUAAAUAAUCACAUUAAAGACGAACAUCAACUGUCAAAAUUAAUUUCUGAUCCUUCGAAUCCACAAUGCAAAAAAUUUUUCCGUCAGUUUUAUAAUAAAUUUUAUGCACGCAACGAUGUUCGUCAAAGAUUCAAGUAUAAAUUUAAUUGCCCUGAUCUUAAGUUGCUGGCUAAGCUAACAGAAAAGGCUAAGCCGCUGGAUGAGAAGGCCCUUUUAACAAUAAUUCGAAAAGAUAAUAGAAGAACCACGAUCGAACCUAAAUGUCAGGUACCUCAUGCGCCGGAAAAAGCACCAGAAAAUUGUCAACCAAAUCCCAUUUCUUUAGAAAUGUUCAAAAGUCAUGUGAGCAAUCUGGAUAAUAUUGUUAAUGAGAUGCAAAAAACCGAUAAGUACAAAGAAAAAAGCAAAGAGGAGGUUAUUCAGGAUUACUAUAUGGGCUUUUAUUCUGGACCAGAGAUGAGGGAGAAGUUCGCUUGUCGAUUUAAACCAUGUCCAAGCAAUAAGCUAAAACAAUUGCUUAGUUUUCCAUCGAAAAACAAGGAGGCAAACCCAAACGAUCCAAAUUACCGGGUGGCUUGUACCACAGAAUACCCAAGCGAGGAAAAUUGCCUGCAGUCAAACAACCAAGACGAGUUUGCUAUAACCAGGAAUGUGAAACAAACAACUGAAAAUAUUGCCAAAGAGAACAGACCAAGACUUGAAAACGAAAAUAGAGUAUCCAGAAGAACAGUUAACUUUACUGACGAAGAUUGUCCGCUAUAUCCUAUAUCCCUAGAGGUGUUCAAAAGUCAUUUGAGCAAUCUAGAUUAUAUUGCUAAAAAAAUGCAAAAGUGCGUUGAGUAUAGAGGAAAAUCCAAGGAUGCGGUUAUUCGGGACUACUACAAAGGCUUCUAUUCUGGACCGGAGAUGAGGGAAAAGUUCGCUUUUCGAUUUAAGCCAUGUACCGGCAAUAUGCUACAAGAAUUGCUUAGUUAUCCAGAGAAAAAUGAGAAUGGUUGUGUACAGGAAAAAGAUUGCUUGGCGACGAGUACCACCGGAAAGGAAAGUUGCCUUGAGUCGAAUAGGAAAACGACGUUAGGGGUUCGCAGAAAUGCAUUAGAAAUAUUAAUGAAAAGAAAAAGAACUGAAAUCCGUAAAGAAACGAUCAACAAGCCGAUGAGUACACAAAGCCAGUCUCAGUUACAACCGGAGCCUAUCCCUGAAGACGCAUUAGAUGUCCCGGAAGCUGUCACUGAGCCGAAGCUUGAAGAGCAAGGCAUAAAGUCAGAGGACGUCCAGCAUGAACUAGCCGUUACGGAACCCUCAAAAGAUUGUAGUCAACGAAAUGCUGAGAGGCUUUCAGAACUAUCGAGCAAACAAAAGAUCGAAUGGAAUUAUAAGGCCCAUAACUUUCUGGAAAAAUUGUUUAAUGGUAUCACCUGCCCAGUAAGACAAGCUUCUUUAUUACAACAAUAUGAAAGGUACUCCGUAUCUCAAGAAAACAAAAAUACGAAUAUUAAUACCAAUGCCGGCUAUGUUGUUUCCGACGCUAUUGCUGCUGAAGACAAUCAGCCACAAUCGGAUUUAAAUUCAGUGGACUGUGAAGAUGACCGCAUGGAUCAAACAACAGCAACUGGCACACAAGCAAACGAAAUGCAUACAAAUCCUUCUGACCGGAAAGCGUUGGAACAAAUUACGAAGCCAACGAAAGAAAGCAGCACAGUUAAUUUAAAUAAUAACCUAGAAAAUCCGGCUCAGAUGGGAGUAAUCCAUGAUGAAUCAUCUGGAACUGAAGUUCUAGAAGUUGGAGCAAUGAUUACAACAGACGGAAAUCCUGAAAAUGCAACCAGUUUAUUACAAAAAGAAGAAAAUCGAUUUCUUUUCGAAAGAUCAAAGGAAUUAUUUUUUGCAGAAAGUAGCGAGGAUCACAAUCUGAAGUAUUUGAUCUGCACAAGUGAAGGGCUGAUGAGAGCCAUUUGGCGCAUACUCUACCAACUAAAUCUUCAAGAAUUCUUCUACUACACGAGCAUUCACGGUGGCGAGGAAAUGUACAAUAGCGAAGACGACUUACAGCUUUGCUUUAAGCAUGUCGUGGACCAUGGCAACUGGCCUGUAAAUCUAUACGUCUUAUUGCCACGUCUAAAGCACCUGCUCCACAGUAAGGGAGUACAGUUGGAUAAGCUAGAUCUGUCCAAAAUAUCGCCCAAAAUAAUGAGCCCUUGGGAAUUAAGUUACUACUCGGAUUUUGAUAACAUCGUUGAACAAGAGUACAUGAGGCGCACUGGCGAGGAAAUUGAUGAUGUGUUGCAAUUGUGCCAAGAGAGAGAGAAACUAUAUGUGUGCUGUUGGAUUCAUAACCAGUGGCUACCACGAGUUCCAGGAAUCGCUGAUGAAACGCUAAAUGCUGAAUUCGGAGGAGUAGAGCCAGUUCUAGAAAGGAUUUUAUUGAAGAAAAUAUGUGGCGUUGGAGAUGGAGAUGUGAAUAUACCAACUGAAAUAGUUUCAAUUUCCUCAAGUCCAAGCACUGCUUGUGGUGCAGAUGAACUUAGUCAGUCGCCAUCACAGCUCAACAACUUGAGUUUUGUGGACGUGCUGAAUGUGGAAUCAGCUUCGCAAGUAUCACAAAUGAUAGUCGAUCCUCUAAUAUCCUAUCAUAUUGAGGAAACGUCACAGGUGCCAGAAACUCCAACUGAUACGCCAGCGUCAUUGCAAAUUGCCAAUGUCAAGCAGGAACCCAUCAGUUUUCUUAACAACCAACGCGCAAUUUGCGACACCGAAAAUUGCCAGUGGGAACACAUUAAUCCCGAGGAGCAAACAAUAGACUUGGACACCAACGACAGCGAUGGACCAAGCCUGUCCUGCUUUGCCAUACAAAAUCAGAAUUCCGAGAACCAACUAAAUUUUAUUCUAGAGGAUUCUAUGCUUGCAGACGAUCAUGAUUACGUUAAGAAACCAGAAGUGCCGAAGGCCACAGACCCUGCUCAAUUGGGGACUAACGUAAACACGUUGAGUGGUCGGUCUACGCCAAUAGUUCAGGUUUCUGUGAUUCCUCAAAAGAGACAGGCACCCAGCCCAGGAUUAAAUUGCAAGCGAAUCAAACUGAUGAACGAUAAGGUUCCGCAACUAAGGCACGAGUUUCAGCCGUUGCCGAUGGGUGUGGUAGUGGGCCGGCAAAAUGCGGUUAGACUUCCCGAUUCUGAAGAUAUCAGAACGUGUCAGACUGCGAAAACCACACUCACGGAAAGACCUCCUCAUCAUCAAGUAAACAUUACUCCAUCACAGGACUUCGCAGUUGGCAACACGCUGUUGGAAUGCUCCCAGCUCCAAGAUCUACUAGAUUCUAACGAUGUCGGUACUUGCAAGGUAAAUAAAGAAGAUCAUCCUGUUUCUACCAUCGCUCGUACACCGAAGCGCCUUGUCGCUUCCUCUCCCCAAAGCAGCGUUAUAUUCCGCAAUCUUGAGCUAUUCAGUUUUUUUAAUUCGCUGACUCUAGAGCAAAUAAUAAAGUACCAAAUCGAAGGACAUCUGCCGGGGGCAACUUAUCAGAAAGCGGUGGUCAAGGUCAACGAUAAAUUGUGCAAUGUCAGGGGUCCAUUGAUCCCAAGUCUUUUUCCCUACCUCUCAUCCUCGCUGCGAUCUGAUCUGGAGCUAGUGCUCCAUGAUUUGGGAGAAUUCUGCUACAAACGCACCUGGCCGGCACAUUUGGAUGCCACGGUGGACCUUCGCAAACGGGUUCUAUUCCUAUUUAUGAAUUUGAGCCCGAAAUUCGCGCCAUUUUCCAUUAAGUUCGAUAAUGAAACCAGGGAAUGGGGUACCUGCAACGAAGUCAGCAAGUGUGAUAAGUCAUUAGACCAACGAGACACUGCCUUCAACGCAGUGGAGCUGAUCAAGCCAAAUAUUCUGAACAGUAUCGAAAACUUAAAAUGUAAAUCGGUUACUUAAAAUUCAGCGAAUCA